UUCAUUUUGUUCAUUAUUAUUAUGACCAUAUAUAAAUUUCAGCAAUUUUAAUUGAUUAACCAAUUCAUUAAUUAAUAACCAAUCAUCACUAUAUAAAUACCUGGGACUCUUGUUUUGCUUUUUUCUGUGCCUUUUCUCUCUCUCUCUCUCUUUUUUUUGUCCAUUCGACCAUCAUCUUUAUUUUUCAUCUAUUUUGAUAAUAUAACGUGGAUAAAUUCAGAAAAUGGAAUUAAAAGAAUUACUUGAACGACAAUCGUUAGCAAUCAGAUUGGCUAAACAAGCCGGUGAAAUUAUUAAAAAAGCUUCAGGAAAUAUGAUAUUGCCAGAUGAAAAAUGUAGCUUUGCCGAUCUAGUUACUGAAAGUGAUAAAGCUGUGGAAAAAAUGGUAUUCGAUGAGAUUAAAAAACAAUAUCCAGAUGAUAAAUUUAUUGGUGAAGAAUCAGCAAACGAAACUGAUGAAUGGUCCGAUGAUCCAACAUGGAUUAUUGAUCCAAUUGAUGGUACCACAAAUUUUGUUCAUAAUUUUCCAUUCUGUUGCAUAUCGAUUGGUUUCACAUAUAAACGUCAACCAUGUUUGGGCGUUAUUUAUCAUCCACAUUUGGAUCAUCUUUAUACUGCCAUUAAAGGACAUGGUGCUAAAUUGACAAAAUCUAAUGGUGAAAUUAUCGAUAUACAUGUACGGCCAUGUCCAUCAUUAAGCCAGGCAUUGGUGGUGGCCGAAUUGGGCAGUCAACGUGAUGAAGCUAAACGUGAAUGUGUAUUUAAAAAUCUUGAAUCCAUCGGAUGGGCUAGUCAUGGUAUUCGUUCACUUGGUUCAGCAGCAUUGAAUAUCUGUUCCGUUGCAUCUGGACAAAUGGAUGCAUUUUUUGAAUUUGGUCCAUAUAUUUGGGACAUUUGUGCCGGUGUUGUUAUAGCCACUGAAGCCGGUGGUCAUGUUUGUGAUACAACUGGUGGCCAAUUAGAUCUACAAGGACGUCGUUUUAUAUUUGCAAGUAAUGAAAAAUUGGCCAAAGAAAUUGCCACCAAAUUGGUGGUACAAUUGGACUUGAAAAAAUGAACAAAAAACACACACAUCGAACAUCGAACCAUCAAACAUGACUUUAACUACGGCUAUUUUUUUUUUACUUUUCGUUUGCGUUCAUAUCAAUAGAAUCAAUCUAUAUAUCAAUUAUUAUUUCAUUGAAUUCUAUAUUAUAUCAUUUUAAAUACCUAAUUUUUUUUUGUUAUUGUUUAUUUUGUAUGUGGGAAAAAGUUUAAUUUUCUCUUUAAAAAAAAAAAUUCAUUAUGCACUGA